ACGCGAGCGAAGCAAUCCGAGCUACUGGUAGUCUGUCAACCACAUAAAUCACUUGCCACCUCCUUAACUUUCUAUUUUACUCAUUGUUUUCCGCCAUCGCUACCAAGUUCGCCAAGUUCAUGCUAGAUAUCGAGGAAUAUUCCCAUGGACGUCGAAGAAGCGUCGAUGUCGGUGGUUUAGCGCUUGCACUAGGAAACCAGGGCUUGGGUCAUGGCUGGGGUGGAUGGGAAGAGGAGGAGCAAGGAGAGACUCGCUAUGCUGAACUACUUAGCGACAUGUACACCCACACCCAGACUACCGUCAACCACCAUGUACAUGACCUUUCUCCAAUCGUGAUACCUCCCCAUACGCGAGCGCACCUAAUCGAAUAUCUUGAUAGUUGGCAUUUUGAGCCGCAUAACCUGCCUGAGGAGGAAGUCUUAUUCUGCGCACAAAUUUUGUUUGAAAGCCUAUUCCGAAUUGAACACAUGCGCGAGGAUAUCGGUGUUUCCCUCGAUGAUAUCUCUAUCUUCUUGAAACACCUGCGGCCCCUAUACUGUGGACAUAACAGUUAUCAUAACUUUCAGCAUGCAUUGGAUGUCUUACAGGCCUCCCAGGCAUUCCUGUGUGCGGCAGGUGUAGUUCCUCCUGCAUCUAUAUUGUUGAAGAGCGACGACUGUACAUGGAGGCCGGACAAACGUGGAAAGGAAGGCCAUCUUGUGUUCGACCUCAACAACACAUGUCUUUUUGCUCUGUUUAUUGCCGCCAUUGGACAUGAUGUGGGUCAUCCUGGGUUGACAAACAUGUUCAUGAAAAAUGCGAAGGCACCAUUAUCUGAUGUAUACGAUAACAAGUCAGCUCUUGAACAGAUGCACUGUGCCCUCCUCAUACAGACAAUGCGGCACCAUGGCCUUGGCAAACUCUUGGAUCGACCAGGCUCCGGUUUCCGAAAAGUGCUUGCCGGCAUCGUACUGGCGACGGAUAUGAAUGUCCACUUUGAUUUCAUAAGAGAUUUCCAAUCGCUUGUGGGCGGCAGAGAAUAUUCCUUGCAUCGGCGCCGAUUACUGCUUUGCCAGGCAAUAAUAAAGUGUGCCGACAUCAGUAAUCCCAGUCGGCCAUCCGGUGUUUCGCAUUACUGGGCGAGUGCGCUGAUGCUCGAAUGGGCCGCACAAGCAUCGCUAGAGAAGCACUGCCAGUUGCCGCCAUCCGUCACGCCUUCCGAAUGCCCACUGGACCAAGUGCGGGGACAAAUAUUUUUUAUCGAUUCAUUUGCAAAACCACUUAUGGAGCUUGUCACAAAAGCUGUUCCUGAAAUGGAGACCUUCGCUCUUCAGUGCGCUGCAAACUUAGCUAUGUGGGUGACCCGCCAAGAGAUCCUAUCCUCCCCAUCUGCGGAACCUUGCCCAUAUCCUCGUAUGGCCAUACCUUCCCCUCGUCCUCCCGAAGACUUCCUCACUUCUUUCCCCCUCACUCUCCCCUCAUUCCUUCUUAGCGCCGAUGCGCCUCCUGCCUCCGGCGAGUGGCAUUCUCCAUAUCCACAUUCGGAUUCCUCGUCAUCAUCAGAUGUCAGUUCGGAUGUUCACGUCGACCGCCCGGUUGCUUUCCCAUCCCUUUCACCCCCUGCAUCCCCCUGUGCCAUCCGUAGGCUCGUCUUACGCCCUUGCUACACGCAGUUCCUCGUCAAGUCUUGCAAGCAACGCUAGCGAUGCUACGCAAGCGAUGCGCGCUGCUUAUU